UUGCCAUCGAACGCGCAAUUGUUUUGAGACUCCCAGUCCCAGAGUUGGAUCGGGAAUGUUCUGCCAGGCGAUCCUUAGUUUCACUGGGACACACAUGUGCUGCAGCUGUGCAUAUCAACCAGAAUAAAUUUCUACUAAAGCACCUUCAUCUUCUACCGGCCAGAUUCUUUUGAGAACCGAUUUGUGCUGGAAAUUCAUUCAUGUUUUACUAGGAAAGACCCAUGAAGGAGGAUGAUAAGAUGAUGCAGUUUUUGGCAGCUCACAAAGCUGCCAACUUGUCGGUAGACGACGUCAUCGAUUAUCUUGGAGCAGACCGUUUAAAUGGGCUAGAUGAGAGCAGAGCAGAGAGACGAUUACUCGUCCAUGGUCCCAACGAAUUUGAGAUCAGUAAGGAGGAACCCUUAUGGAGAAAGUACUUGGGCCAGUUCAAAGAUCCUCUGAUCAUGCUGUUGCUGGUAUCGGCUGUGGUUUCCGUGGUGAUGGGCCAGUUUGAUGAUGCUUUCAGCAUCACCAUGGCUAUUACAAUUGUUGUGACAGUAGCAUUUGUACAGGAAUAUCGCUCUGAAAAAUCUCUUGAAAAAUUGAGCAAUAUGGUGCCGCCUAUAUGUCGCUGCAUAAGAGACGGCCAGGUGAAGGAGUUCUUGGCGAGGUCGUUGACCCCUGGUGACCUCGUUCAGCUGUCCAUCGGUGACAGGGUUCCUGCAGAUAUGAGGCUGAUUGAGGCCAUUGACCUUGCCGUGGAUGAAUCCAGUUUCACUGGUGAGACCAAGCCCAGCAACAAGACCACACAGAUUGUGACCAAAGAGAAAAACGGGAAGAGAACCACUAUGAAAAAUAUUGCCUACAUGGGAACGCUUGUCCGAAAUGGCCAUGGGAAGGGAAUUGUUAUAGGGACAGGGGAAAAUUCAGAAUUUGGAGAUAUUUUCAAGAUGAUGAAAGCUGAAGAGGCACCUAAAACUCCAUUACAGAAGAGCAUGGAUAGUUUAGGAAAACAGCUCUCCUUCUACUCCUUCUGUAUUAUUGGAUUUAUCAUGUUCUUGGGAUGGUUACAAAACAGAAAACUGCUGGAUAUGUUUACCAUUGGUGUCAGUCUUGCAGUCGCAGCCAUUCCAGAAGGCCUGCCCAUUGUUGUCACGGUAACCCUUGCCCUCGGAGUGAUGCGCAUGGCUAAACGAAGUGCAAUAGUCAAGAAGCUACCGAUUGUAGAAACAUUAGGUUGUGUGAAUGUCAUUUGUUCUGAUAAGACUGGAACUCUAACUAAGAACGAGAUGACGGCCUUAGUGAUCCACACCUCUGAUGGCAUACGAGCUGAGGUGACUGGUGUUGGCUACAAUGGUGAUGGGAUGGUCUUAGUAGAUAAUAUACCUGUAUUGGGUUAUCAAGAUCCCUCUAUAGCUAGAGUAGUAGAGGCAUCAUGUGUAUGCAAUAAUUCUGAGAUCCGAGACAAUGUUUUAUAUGGACAGCCAACAGAGGGAGCCCUACUUGCCUUAGCAAUGAAAAUGCAACUACACCACUCUCGGAGUCGAUACACCAGACUUUCAGAGACCCCAUUCAAUUCAGAAACAAAGUGGAUGGCAGUCCGCUGUCGACCUCAUGACCCCACCCCUAACCAGCUGCCUAGCAAUGAGGAGAUUUUCUUUGUGAAGGGGGCCCUGGAGCGGGUUCUAGGGAAAUGUCGAACUUAUAAUGUGGAGAACAGAUCCGAGCCUCUGAAUAAACAGAAGAUUGAGGAUAUUAAAGAGGAAGGUCGUCAAAUGGGUGUGGCCGGACUAAGAGUUCUUGGGAUGGCUGUCGGCACAGGAAUGGAGAACAUGACUUACCUUGGCAUGGUUGGAAUCUUAGACCCUCCUCGACCCGGUGUAAGGGAGGCCAUCAUCACACAGGUCAGCAGUGGUGUAGCACUCAAGAUGGUCACCGGGGACUCCGCUGAAACGGCCAUUGCUGUCGGUAGUAGACUGGGUCUGUAUGCCAAAGGUUCUACAGCAUUGUCCGGUGAAGAAGUAGAAAGCAUGGAAUUCAUGGAAUUGACCAGGAUAAUCAAUCAGGUUUCAGUUUUCUAUAGAGCCAGUCCUCGACAUAAACUGAAAAUUGUCAAGGCAUUACAGGCUACUGGAGCUGUUGUUGGUAUGACUGGUGAUGGUGUCAACGAUGCCGUGGCUCUCAAGACUGCAGACAUCGGUAUCGCCAUGGGGAUAACAGGAACCGACGUCAGCAAGGAAGCAGCGGACAUGAUCCUUGUUGAUGAUGACUUCACCACCAUCCUAUCAGCCAUUGAGGAGGGAAAAGCCAUCUUCUACAAUAUCAAGAACUUUGUUCGAUUUCAGUUGAGCACGAGUAUUGCUGCUCUCACCUUAAUUGCCUUAUCAACCAUGCUAAGCUUUCCAAACCCAUUGAAUGCCAUGCAGAUUCUUUGGAUUAAUAUCAUCAUGGAUGGACCACCUGCACAAAGUCUUGGAGUGGAGCCUGUUGACAAGGAUGUGAUCCGGAAACCACCUCGCCAGGUGCGAGACCCUAUGAUCACCCGAUCCCUGCUGAUCAAUGUCAUCAUGUCUGCUACUAUCAUAGUACUUGGUACCCUAUGGGUGUUCUGGAGAGAGAUGCAAGACAACAUCAUCACACCUCGUGACACCACCAUGACUUUCACCUGCUUUGUUUUCUUUGAUAUGUUCAAUGCCCUCGGCAGUCGAUCUCAGACCAAAAGUAUAUUCAGUGUUGGUUUCUUCACUAACCGAAUGUUCCUGUAUGCAGUCGGAGGGUCAAUCAUGGGUCAGCUACUUGUCAUCUAUUUCCCUCCACUUCAAAAGAUAUUUCAGACAGAAGCAUUGACGAUACACGAUAUUGGCUUUUUGGUGAUGCUGACUUCAUCGGUGUUCAUUGUCUCUGAGAUGAAAAAAUGGGUUCAACGGAGACUGGAGAAAAAGCGAACCCUGCCCGAGCCAUGCGACUUUGAAUAUGUCUGACUGCAAUCUUUCGCUGUGUGUGCCCAAUGUAUAGUUUAAUUGUGUGUGCAUGUGCUUUUCAGUAUAACACUUGAAUCCUCUUUCUUUUGAUUAGAAUAAAUUAAAUCUGUAAGUGUUCCAUUGCAAACAUUAAUCUGAAAAAAAAAUUAAAAAACUAUUGAUACAAUUUUUUAUUGGAAAUAAAAGUAUUUUGUACCAUUAUGAGAAGAAAUCACACAGAACAAGCUUGUAAUAGUGCCCAGACUUGUUUGUGCAUGUUGAUUUACUGCCCUCUGCGACUGCACAAACCACUGGUCUCUGGUCGACCUUGGGAAUUUUGUUCCUUUUAAUUCAAAAGGCAGGAACAAAAUCUCUGGUUUAAUUAGAUCUAAUGCUGCUUUUCUUUAAAUAUCCCUCUGUAUAACAACUUAAAGGUACAGAGUAUGGUCUACAAAAAUCAUGUAGAUAGUGAAUAAUACAAAUUUAUAAAAGCAACAUAGAUGGAUUGUCAUAAUACAAUUUUUGCAUUUUUUAAAACAAGUGAAUUUUUAAUUCAACCUAAUCCCAUGAUCAUUGCACAUUAAUAUUGUUAUCUAAGCACAAAGGUCCAGUGUCCUGUGAUGUCGCUAGAUAUGAUGUAGCUUUCCAACCAAAUCUUCCCGAAGUCAGGAAGGAAGAUUCUGGGGUCCAUUUUACAGCUAAUUUUUAAAAACUAACUUGGUUGUAAAUUAUUCCUUCUAAACACUAUAUCCCAGAGGCAGAUUUCAAUCAAAUGUUUCACUUCUUAAUACUUUAUUGAAUUGCACCUUUAAUUAUUAUGUUAUAAAAAUAAUCAUGACAAUAGUAAUAGUAUUAUUGUUAUCAGAAUUGUUGAGUAUAAGCAUAUUUAUAAAGAUAUAUUAAUUUAUUAAAAAGAAUUAGUGAGUUUUUGUUGAUGUUUUUAAAGUAUGUAUUCAUCUGUUUUCAUUUUGAUGUUUUUUAUACAGGUGAAUCUGUCAAAAGAUGAAUAUCUUAGAAACAGACGAAUCAUUUAACAAAAUGAAAAUAAUACUUGCUUUGUGAGUGGGUUAACUGUGACUUUACACAUAAUUGGUGACAUGUUUUUGUGCCAAAUGAAAUAGCUGAUUUGUUAGCACUUAAGAAAUUGUUCCAGUUUUGCAUAAAGUUUAAUAGGCUUACAGCUGUUUGUUAUGGAAGACUUGAUUGUUUGUUCUAUGGAUAUUUUGAAGAAUAUUGCAAUACUAUGUUUAAACAUCAUUUAGAAUCGUAUUUCUGUACAUGUGGUACAUAUAUGUACACUACGUAGUCAUUUUACAAUUGAAAUAUCUUCAUAUAAAAUAAAUUAAUGUAAUGAACAUGAAUGAAGAAAUAAAUUAUAUUUUCAUUUGAACAAUUGGAAUUGUU